CCGGGGCCCACAGCGGCCCAGGGUCCCCCGACCAUUACACACACACACACACAAACACACGCGCGCGAGGGCUCGGGUCGGGGCGCGGAGCCUUCCUCCUUGAGCCACCGGACCGAGUUCGGGCCCUCACAUCGGGCUCCAAGCAGCGCCCGCCACGCUCUGGGCCGACCACACUGGGCCGCGGCAGGCCCCGGCGGCGCCUCCCCAACACGGUCCACGGGCGCCGGUCCAACUCUGCCGCUGAUCCAGCGGGGCCGCUCGGGGCGCCUGCACUGCGGGAUGUGCAGGCCAGGCCCGGGAUGGGGGCCCGGAGGAGACGCAGGGGUUGCUUCAAGGGACGCUCAGACCAGACAACUGCAAGAUGCUGUCACCAAUGUGGAGAAACAUUUCGGAGAGCUGUGCCAGAUCUUCGCUGCUUACGUGCGUAAAACAGCCCGACUGCGAGACAAAGCGGACCUCCUGGUGAACGAAAUCAACGUAUAUGCCUCUACCGAGACCCCGCACUUAAAGCAGGGCCUGAAAAACUUUGCUGACGAGUUUGCCAAACUUCAAGAUUAUCGACAAGCCGAGGUUGAAAGACUUGAAGCCAAAGUAGUUGAACCUUUGAAAGCUUAUGGAACCAUUGUAAAAAUGAAGCGAGAUGAUCUCAAAGCAACAUUAACAGCAAGGAAUCGAGAAGCUAAACAGUUAACUCAGUUAGAAAGAACACGUCAGAGAAACCCAUCUGAUCGACAUGUUAUUUCACAGGCAGAAACUGAAUUACAAAGAGCUACAAUGGAUGCUACCCGAACAACUCGUCAUCUGGAGGAAACUAUUGACAAUUUUGAAAAGCAGAAAAUAAAGGAUAUAAAGACUAUAUUUUCAGAAUUCAUCACUAUUGAAAUGUUAUUUCACGGCAAAGCUUUAGAGGUCUAUACUGCUGCUUACCAAAAUAUACAAAAGAUUGAUGAAGAAGAAGAUUUAGAGGUUUUCCGACAUUCUCUGUAUCCGCAAGAUUAUUCAUCCCGUUUAGAUAUUGUAAGAGCAAAUUCAAAGUCACCUCUUCAAAGAUCAUUGUCUGCUAAGUGUGUAUCUGGAACAGGACAGGUAUUGACCUGUCGACUAAGAAAGGAUCACCAAACAGAAGAUGAUGAUGAAGAGGAUGAAGACUUAGAUGUUACAGAAGAAGAAAAUUAAAUUUCUUAAGUAAAUUUUGCAUUUCCAUUUUCAUCUUAAAUGACCUGGAAUCCAGAAUUACUAAAAUUGCAAAACAUAAUACUGGCUUGAUACGUUAAACCUCAAAAUUAAAUCCUAUUGGAAAUGUAGAAAUUAUUAAAGGAAAUUUAUGCCAACCAAAAA